GACAUGACUACCGAGAGACCUUAAAUGCCGAGCUAAACUGAAUUCCGUAGUGUGUAACAAUUUGGUAAAGUAAGAACGAUCUUUGACCUAAAGUUAAUGAUUUAUUGAAUGUCUGAAUCAAUACCACUAAAUUUACCGCCUGAGUUAUUCGGAAGCUAAUUGAGCUAAGGAUUUAUACACAACUGAUCAUGGGAUCCCAAUCGGAGACUUUCGAAGUUUGGGGUAAAUUUGAAUGAUUUUGAGGAAACCGCUGUGACGAACUUCGAGGAAAUUUAAGAAAAUCGGCACCAAAACUCUAAAAUCUCCUCAGAAUCUUAUUACACUUUGAGGAAAUCGGAUAACAUUUAUUAAUGGAACCCCAAUUUGUUUCACAAUUUAGGUGAAAUUUCGCGUUUUUCACCAAAAUUCCCUCAAACGUGAAAGCUUAGGACAUUUGCAUAUAAAAACAAAAGUCGUUGUCGAGGAAAAAAUAAAUUCCACCCCUUACUUGAAACAUAAGUGGUGUGAAAACGAGUGCAUCGCAUUCCAUUAUGUUUGCUAAUUAAACGUGUGUGUAUACACAAAUGUGGGGAUGAGUUAUCUUUAUCUGCAAAUUAGAGUCUUGACAUGUAUCUAAAUGGUUGCAAAAACAAAUAAAAUCAAAUGACUGAUAAGAUUAGCUAAUAAUCUACCAUCAUUUUUUUAUCGUUCAACAUAUAGUUGAAAAAUGUUUUGAGAUUCAUUUUAGCACAGCACUGUACAAAGUGUUAAAGAGGUUUAUCGAAGCCUCAAUCAUACAAAAAUUCAAAUCCUCUUUGUUUACUCAAAAACAUUUUGUUCUCACCUCAUACCUACUUCGGUAGUAUUAGUUUAUUCUCCAGAGUGUUGACUUCCUAGUUUAUUAGCCUGCAGACCAAUUGAGUUGCUGAAAAAUCUUUGGUGAACUAUUACGAACAUGGAUUUAGAACGUAGAAUACCAUGUCAAAGAAUGAAUUUCAUCAAAGGAUUGAUGCCAUUAAGCAGACACAUUGAAUCUCCAAUCUCCAAAAAGGUGCUUGCUGUUUUUGAUGCGGCUUUACAAAAAGUAUUAACUGUUUUAUGUUUACAGAACAUAAAGGAAAGUGUUGAGGUUCAAAAUGAAGAAAGCCUACUAGACCGUGUGAGUCUUUACAUAAAUCAAGCAAAAGAAUACGACUUAAUAAAAGCUAGUAACCUCGACAGUCCCUAUUCGCAUAAAAUUUUGUCUGAGAACUGUAAGAUGCUGAAAAAUAUCAAAUCAGAAAUAAACGAUUCUUUGGAACAUAAUAUAAAUGAAGAGUUCGAGAAUAAUGUCCGAAAUUUUUUACAUUUUAUGUCAUCACAACCUUUAAUUAAUCAAGUCCUAUCUGGAUUUCUAUUAGAUAAUAAUGAACAAUUAUCUGAUAAAUGGAAAUUACCAGAAACAAUUACCAAUCAUAUAACUAAUGUUAAAUGGAUUCAGAUACCACAAUUUUCUCAAAAUAAUAAAACAAAAUUAGUAGAAUAUUUAAUACAUUUAAGAAUAUUAUUAUUAAUAAAAUUAUUAACUACACCAGAAGAUAAAAAACGUAAAAAAUUAUACAUAAAAGAACUUGAAACUAGAGAUCAAGAAUGUCAAACAAAAUUAACUGAACUUAUUAAAGAAUUGGAUAUACAAAUUUGCCAGAAUAAUACAGAAACUAGGAAAAUUGGUUAUACUGUUUCAAAACUUAAAAAUGAAAUUGAUAAUCUUGAAAAAUAUUUAACUGAACGAAUAAAGCAAAUUAACACUGAAGAAACGAAAAAGAUAACAGAAAUCACAAAACAAAACGAUGAAAAUGAAAACAAUUUAAGUAAAGAAAUGAAAAGUCAAGAAAUACUACUUGAAAAGUUGAUUGAGACUAAUCGUUCUGAAGAGGAAACAAUUCGAUCAACCAUUUAUAAAAUGGAAAGUGAUAUCGAGUCGAAGAUUUCUAAAUAUGAUCAAGAAAUGACAGUCUUACAGGAUGAAUAUGAUGCCCUGGAAGCGGAGUAUACAGAGGAGAAAAGCGCUUACGAUGAAUUGAAUGAACGUUUUCAGAUUAUAAAUGAAGAGUAUCAAAAGAUAAUGGAAGAACGUAGGCUAGAGGAUGAAAGACGGCAAAGAGAGGAAGAACAAAGACGCCAAAUGGAACAAGCCGUUAUAACAAUACAAGCAUUUUGGAGGUCAUAUAAAACAAGAAAACUGGCACGUGGAAGAAAAGGAGGUAGUAGAAAAGCGAAGAAGUAAUUCAUAAAACAGAGUCAAAACACUAUUCAACUGGGAUUAAAAAGGUAAACAUGAAAACUUAUUUAGAACCUGACUAUUUAACACUAAAUACAUCCAUUAAAUCACGAGCCC